UUAUUUUUAAAAACGAAAAAGUAAAAUAAAUAAUUUAAACCAUUAAUAUAAAAAAAUGUAUCAGAUUUUUUUCCGACGUCAGCAAGGAGUCAAAUUUUAAUGUAUGGCUGAUUCGAUGAAAGAAUAAAAAUAAGGCUACAUUUUCAAAUCACAGUUUUCAAGGAAAAGUAAAAUAAAUUCUUUAGGUCUAGUUUUUUCUUUCUUUCUGCAUGCACCUGGCAGGUUGGUGAUACAAAGAUUAUUCUUCAGAAAACGCAAUUCGCUUGCUCGUGUUUUUGUAAACUACAGCAGCUUUAGUUAGUCUUGACAAAAAUGCAUUAUUGUUCUUUACUUUUUAUACUUGCAUUCGUGGGACUUUUGCCUAAAAACUGUUCGAACUCCUCUCUUCCAAACAUCAUUCUUUUAUUCGCUGAUGAUUUGGGUUUUGGUGACUUAGGCUGCUAUGGACAUCCAAGUUCAAAGACGCCGAACCUGGAUAAAUUAGCAGCGCACGGUCUGCGAUUCACUGACUUCUAUAGCACCAGUCCAGUCUGUAGCCCUUCGAGGGCAUCCCUCUUGACGGGUCGGUACCAGACGCGAUCUGGAAUCUAUCCGGGUGUCUUUUAUCCUGGGUCAAAAGGAGGGCUUCCUCUGAAUGAGACCACCAUUGCAGAGGUUCUGAAGCCUCUGGGAUAUACUACAGCCAUAGUUGGAAAGUGGCACCUGGGCUUAGGGCCCAAUAGAACCUUCCUGCCUAUCCACCAGGGCUUUGACCAUUUCUUGGGUGUGCCUUACUCCCAUGACCAGGGUCCUUGCCAGAACCUGACUUGCUUCCCUCCGGACAUCAAGUGUUAUGGGAAGUGUGACCAGGGUGUGGUGUACCUGCCUCUGUUUUUAAAUGACACAAUCAAGCAGCAGCCUGUCCACUUCCCCGAUCUUGUGGCAUUUUACAAUAAAUUUGCCACGGAAUUCAUCUCGACUUCACUCAAAAGAGAGCAGCCAUUCUUCCUUUAUUAUGCUUCUCAUCACACCCACUAUCCCCAGUUUGCCGGUGAGGGUGCAACAGGGAAGUCCCUGCGAGGGCCCUUUGGAGACGCUCUGCUGGAGUUUGAUCAAACAGUAGGAGCACUCAUGACAGCUCUAGAAGUCAAUGGUGCCCAGAACAACACCUUUGUGUUCUUUACCAGUGACAAUGGGCCUGAGCUAAUGCGAAUGUCCCGUGGUGGGAAUUCAGGCCUCCUGAAGUGUGGGAAGGGGACCACCUACGAGGGAGGAAUGAGAGAGCCAGCUAUUGCACACUGGCCUGGGAAGAUCCAAGCAGGAGUGACACAUGAGCUGGGAAGCACUCUGGACCUUCUCCCAACCAUCGCCGGCCUUGUGCAGGCAAAGCUCCCAAAGGUACAGCUUGAUGGAUAUGACAUGAGGGACAUCCUCUUCAAGCAUAGAAAGAGUAGGAGAGAAGUCAUGUUUUACUACCCCACAGAUCCCAGUGAGAAUCUUGGCGUUUUUGCUGUGCGGCUUAGGAAGUAUAAGGCACAUUACUACACACGGGGUGCUUCUCACAGUGAUACAACUCCUGAUCAGGCCUGCCAUUUAAAUGCGUUUCUGACACGUCAUGAUCCACCACUGCUCUUUGACCUUGAGUCAGACCCAUCUGAGAACUACAGCCUUGGGCCCAGCCAUCCUGAUUAUAAAGAUGUCCUUCAGGAAAUACAAGCUAGAAAGGAGGAAUUUGAGAAGACAAUGGUGUUUGGGGAAAGCCAGAUAGGGAUGGGGUCUGACCCUGAGCUGCAGCCCUGCUGUAACCCGCAGUGUAUCCCAAAGCCUUCAUGCUGUGCUUGCAGUUAGCAGCAAGUGAAAUUACAAAUGUGGACACUUCCUGUUUUUUCAGCCUCCCGCAGAAUAUGGUUACUGGAAUCAUUAAAAUACUCUGUCUUUACCUGCUGACCUGGAACACUUUUUAUACUGUAUGUCUUCGUAAAAUCCAGUUAAUGAAUGUUUAAAUAAAAAAAAAUGGUUGUUUUUUAUCUUUAAUAUUAAACAAUAAUUUAAAUAUAAUCUGCAGGAAUUACAUUUGAAAAUAACAUGAUUUUGUUAACUGCUAUUAUUGUCGUGCCAGGAAUUUCUCAUCUUCUGUCAUAAUCUAGCUUCAAUAAAUGAUGCUGAAAGCAGAUCAGGACAUGCUGUAAAUGUCAUACUAACUAAAGUAUAAAAAAGCACAGUUGCACAAGCUUAAUUCAAAAUAAAUUACAACCAAAUUAUCCAAAUGAUUAAUUAUCAAUUAGCCAAUGUAUCAGCCAAAUGAAUAAAAGGGUAAAUUAAAACACAAGAAAGGCUUGUAAGAAACCAGGGCAUUCAUAUUUUUGUGUAUAUAUACAGUAUAAAGAACAUACACAAUGCUAGUGGUGGUUUUGGGUCUUUGAAGACUCUGUAACUUGGUUGUAAAAUUUGAAAAAGCCUGCAAUAAAGUGUCCUGCACUUGC